AUGAGUAAUAACUGCGCAACAGCCGUGACCGAAACAGAUAGCCCAUCGUUGUGUUAUGUAAGCUCGCACAUUUGCUUCACCAUGUCGUCGUCAGUGCUUGGCAUGAUUUACGAUUCUCUCAGUCUCGGAAAUAUUUUUCUGCUGUUGCUUCUGUUGUUCCUUCUUCAUUACCUGAUGGUGCUCUACGAGUUUAGAAACAUGCCACCCGGUCCUCGCUUCACAACUCUCCCUGUGCUUGGAAACAUCUUUUCUCUCGACCUUGAUGCUGAGACCGUGCCGGAAACAUUCAGAAGGUCAGUAUAUAGAAAGUCCAAUAUCUGUUGA